AUGAUCAAGAGCACAACAUCUAACGUCCCGACUGUUUCCACUGUACAUAUGCGGCCACGCCGAAUAACCGCAGAAACCAUGCCAGCAGAAGAAGAUUCGCCACCGACCUCCCCCGACACAAAGAUCAAGCCGAAAGAACUCGAAUGUCCCAUCUCCGAAUGCACCAAGCGGUUUACCGGUGAAAGGGGCAUCAGGGGCCAUCUCGCUCUCUACAAAGAACGCUUUCAGGAGUUCGCGUACAACUCCUCGCUCGACCUGAUCUCUAUCUCAUCCGGCGUCAACCGUGAAGAGCUCGAUAACAAAAGGAAGAAAAAGAGGAAGAAGGAGAAGGAUCCACCCGAAAGUGGAAAGGAAAGCUUCGAGUAUCUCAGUGCGCACUAUCAAGAAUGGAAAUCGCGAUAUGGUGAGACGUUGAUCCUCUCAUUGCAAUCAAGUUCUAGUAAAAUUUUCUUUUCUAUCGAUGUAAUGUCUUGUGACUUACCCGCUAACGGUUACAACCAUUUAAAAAUGCUAGACGUCCCAAAGAAACCCUUUAAAGAGCGUCACCGCGAAGCUGCCACAAAGUACCGCGUCAACAACAAGGACAAGGUCAGGAAGAUGGUCAAGCUGAGCAAGUUCAGGGCCAAAGCGAAAAGGCAGGGACUCAGCGAUGAGGACGCUGAAACGAAGGCUCAGGAAUGGAUCCAGGAAUGGGAGAGGAAACAGCCCGAUAGGAAGCCUACUUCCAAAAGGGAAAGUCCUGAAGAUGAUCAGGACGAGCCCUGA